CCACAUGACCUCCUCAAUGUGUUUUGGAGGAGGGGGGGACUUUCUGAGGAGCGGAGGGUGAAUUUGUUUUGAGCACACGCUGUCAGGACGAGCUGAUGUGAGCGCUGCAUCAAGUGCGCGGCGGUGAUGCUCCCGUAUAAAACAGCCCGCUGUAUUUUGGCACAGAGGGGGAUGCAUCACUUUAACCCACGGCUCUGCCCUCCGGACUCGCCCAUACAGUAUUCAGCCUAGAUAAGUUGAGGGGAUGUGUGAUGCCAUUGCGAGGAAUCCUACCGCACGAUAUCCCUGAGGAUCUCUCCCUGUUCGUUUUAUUUUUUUUAUUUCCUUCAACUUCGAUGGCUUGAGUGGCCCAUUUGCACUCAUGCUUGCAGCCGAGGAGGGAUGUAAGGUACGGGCCAUCUAUCGCCCUCACAUUGAACGGUCGCUGUCUGAGUGCCAGAGAGAAAAAAAGAAACUACUUUCGAGAUGUGAAUUAUCGAGAUUUGCUACUCAUUCCACCGGCUCGACUGUCUUAUGCCAUCGAGAACGGGAUUUCAAGAGGAAAAUGAUUGUGGCAUAAACUAUUUCUGGAGACGCCUGUCACAGAUAACGCCGCUGAACUGGAUAGGGUGGAUGGUUAUUUCCCAAACAGUUCAAGCCUAUGUAUACUGCAUUCAUUUGUUGGAAACGCUGCCUAGUGUCUUCAAGAACAGCGCAAGAGGAAUGCUGGUCCAAGAUCUGAUGCCAUUUACUUUAAGUUUUUGGCCUUUUUUCUUCUGUCAUUGCCUUCUCUCACUGUUUUUACUCUCAUGCCAGGGAGAGCUCCAGAGGUCAUGCUCGCAGACUGUGGUGGAGAAAGUUAGUGAACAGUGCCAGUUGGCAUGCCACUGCAAGAGAUACCCUCCCCUCCCUCCACCACCGCCUCCACCACCACCACCACGGCUAUUGGGCACCACAGUGGCAGAGCCCAUAGUGCCGUUUCUGAGGCCCUGGUGGAUGGAGAUGGACUUUAUAGUACUUGGUACAGUGGGCUGUGCAUCACUCGUCUUCCUCCUCUCAGCCAUCAUCAUCUGCUACAAGGCUAUCAAGAGGAAACCAUUGAGAAAAGAGGAGAAUGGAACGAGUCGCGGGGAGUAUGCCAUGAGCAUCCGAAACAAGAAGACCAUGGGUACAAACAACACUGUGGUAUAAACUGUCUCCUGGUUUGCACAGAAAGUGACUCACCUUUAAAUCUCACCUUAUCCUGAGUAAAAGUACUUUUCACCCAGAAUGCAACAGGGUUUAACCUGAGGUUUUGAAAUAGGUAAACUUUUCCUCUUUGCUUGGCAUGUUGCUCGGACUGAAGACACCAUUUAACUCAAGAAGAAAGAAGAAAGGCAAAAAGACAUCAAAGCAGAGAGGAUUGAGAGACUGAUUCACAAUACCCCCCUUCCCCUCAUGGUGUCAAAAGUGGCACAGCAGGCUGAACAGUAUGCUCUUAGUAACAGCAAGUGUUGCUGACAGGCUGGUUGGCUGCUGGCUGGAGAGGGACUGUCUGCCAGUCUGCCGCAGAUCCAGACCUCAUGCACUGUUGACAUCUGCUAUGGAACAACAGACAAUACAGCAGCCCCGCAGUCCCGUGGGUGGCCAGAUGGGACAGCUCAUUACACGCAACAAAUAACAUGCAUGCAGUUUUUACAGAGAAUGCAACAUUUUUUUAUAAUCCAGUCCUCACACUGUCUAUCUUUUGUUCUCCAUUUUUGAGACAGAUGCUCUGUGAGAGGCAUGAUGUGGCUCUGACAUGUGGAUUCAUCUGACUAUGCAAUUUAAAGAAAUCCAUAUUUAACAUAAAGAUGAGCAGAAACAUUGGCAUGGGACAUUCUGGUUAUUUUACCAUGCCAAAACAAUAGACGAAUAAAUAAAUAAAAAGAAAAUACAAAAGACUUAAGCGCCGUGUAAUAUAAUUAAGACAUUCAUGUAUUUAUUUCCUCUAUUUAUUUACUUAUCUAUCUUUGAAUUUAUUUUUCUACUUAAAAACCUAUCCUGUAAGUUACUCACAUCUUUACAAAUCUUGAACAUCUUGAUGAAUUCAUCUUAUUUCUUGAUAGCUCUGUUUUCUAAGUGAAUAAUUUAUAAACUAUGUAAUUCAUUUGUGACGCUCCGAUGCUUUAAGCCUGCUGUCAGUUUGUUGAGACACUGAUGCAGAAAACCCGCUUGCUCUGCAAAGAGUUUUGCCAUCAGUUGUUCUGUCUCUGAGUGUUUGAUAUAUUUCUCUGUUUCCCUGAGACUUGGGCUUAAAAGGUCAGGGGUAUCUAUGAUGUGCGAUGUGAAUGUGUGUUUUCCAAACA